UUCGAGUCUAGUCUACUCCUACCGCCAUCGUCUUCAUCAUCUCCUCCUUCGCAAGUGGCCGUCAUCUCUUUCAUCCCUCCUUCUUACGUCUCCUCAGCGCUACCAGUCUUCUCCUGCCCAUUCCCUUGAGCAUGGCCGCUGCCUCAACUAGCGCCGCCCCGGCGUCCACCUCGUCUGCCUCGCAAGUGCGCCUCCGCUCCCAACCUCCCUCGAUUCCCCCUCAUCUGCAGUCCACAAAGACUCUACAGACCCUUGUCGCUCCUGCAGAAGUCUCACGUCGAUCCUCCAGGGCACGCAUCACCAACUGGGGAGGUACAUUCACUUACAAGCCACAGCGAGUCUUUCAGCCUAGCACUGUGGCGGAAUGUUGCAACAUCCUAGAGCUGGCCAGGAGGAGCGGGACUAGUGUAAGAGCAGUGGGAAAGGCGCAUAGCCCGGGUGAUUUGCCUUUCAGUGAUGCUUGGAUGAUCAGGACGGAAGAUCUCUCAGGAACGGUAGAGGUCGAUUCGGAUACGCCAAGUGCUACCUUCCUGGCUGGUACGCUCAUCUCAGACAUCAAUGAUGCCUUGGCGGCCAACGAGCCUCCUCUUGCGCUUACUUCCCUCGGCUCCAUCUCCGAGCAGACCAUCGGAGGAGCCAUUGCUACCUCGACUCACGGUUCAGGCUACAAUUUUGCUUCUGUGUCCUCAGCGUGCUUAGAGCUCGGCAUCAUCGUACCUCAAACCGCCGAGCAAGGAGGUGUACAGGUUUUGACCUGCAGUAGGGAGCAGAAUGUCGAGCUCUUCAAUGCCAGCCUCUGUUCUCUUGGAUGCACUGGCUUCAUCUACUCUGUCAAGAUGAAGCUAGAGCCUGCUUUCCGUCUUCGACAUCUGGUAGAAGAAAUCGAGUUCGAUUGGAUCUUUGGCGGCAAAACGGGCGCCCCUGCUAUAGAGGCUCUUGUGGAUGAUGGCGAUGGAGGAGUGAAGAUGCAGCAGCAACAGUCGAGUUCAAGGGGUGCAGUCGGUGAGGCGACAAUGGCCAGCAUUGACAUGUCUACGCCAGAGUCAGAGGUCAACAGAACGUACGGAGCUCCAAGAAAGUCUCGACAAAGCAUCGGAAAGCUGCUCGCUAGAGGCAGGCCCCUACCGCCGUCGGGUCCUCGGUACUACCCAUCGACUAGGCAGACAGACCCGGCAGACAUCUACCCUUGCCGAGCACCGGACACAGAUGCGACCGCCAGGGUCGGCCCUGAUGGAUGGAUGGAUCCCGAGGAUGACGAUGAGACCCGUGCUGCUCAGUCUAAGAUUGACGCCAUAAUUCAGAGCAGCCAGCAUACCCGCUUGUGGUGGUUCCCGCAUGUCAAGAUGGUCACGCUGAGUCGAGCUGACCGCACCUUGGAGCCCGCAGCCGGACCCACCUUCUCUCAAAGGGCAUACCAUACCAUCGUCGGGUACCACUUUACGCAAUUCUUGCUCUUCGUCUCGAGAUAUCAUUCUGCCCUCCCAAGCCAAGUGGCCAAGGUGGUUCACUACCUCACACACCCAUCUUUCCCCGCCGAGCACCGUGGGAAGCAAUCUGGGUCCAUCAGCAGUGCUGAAGCCUCUUCGCCGCCUGAGACCUCGCACGAGUCGCAGACUGGUUCGCUAGCAAGCGAGUUCGAAGGUUUCAAGGCAGCUCCUCCAACAGAUCUCUCCCCUGCUCCAGCAGGUUCCCUCAAGCCGCUGCAAGCGCAUCACCCGCAUUCACUCACCGUGGACCACUCGAUCAACGUCUUCAACAUGGACUGUCUCUUCAAGCAGUACACUUCAGAGUGGGCCAUUCCCUACACACAUACUGCCGCCUGUCUACGUGCCAUGCGAGACUGGCUUGAAGAAGAAGCUCGUCUGGAUACUGGUGAGCGAAUCCAUUUUCCCGUCGAGGUUCGCUGGACAGACGCCGAUGGCAUUUGGCUAAGCCACGGCUAUGGCAGACGCAAUUGCUACAUUGGCAUCAUUCAAUUCCGCCCUUAUAAUCUCCCCACACGCUAUCGCUCCCUCUUUGCCAAGUUCGAGACGCUGAUGAGGCACUUUGCAGGAAGACCACAUUGGGCAAAGACGCACACCUGUGGACCACAGGAGCUGCGCAAGCUCUACCCACACCUGGAUGAUUUCCUUGAAGUACGCAAGAGGUAUGACCCGGAUGGAGUCUUGCUCAAUCCGUAUGUACGCCGUCACUUGUUGGGGGAAAUUGGAGAGGAGAUGAGCGUGCGACGAUUCAAGAAGAGGGAGAGGGGAAAGCUCUGAGCGUAUGCGUUACUAGUACUAUGGCGCAAGCUCAGAGGGGUAAAAAGAGCGCCUUUGUCGAACACAGCACCGUGCAAUCGCACGCCCU